GGUCCUCGGCGGCCGCCGUCCAGGAGCCGGUGCGAAAGGAGGUCGAGGGGCUGGGGUCGCGGAAUCGGACUCGGGAACCUGCCUGGAGAUGGAAUUCGACUGCGAGGGUCUGAGACGGCUGCUGGGCAAGUACAAGUUCAGGGAUCUAACUGUGGAAGAACUAAAGAAUGUAAAUAUGUUUUUCCCACAUUUCAGAUAUUCCAUGGACACCUAUGUUUUCAAAGAUAGUUCCCAGAAAGACUUGCUGAAUUUCACUGGUACUGUUCCUGUGAUGUAUCAGGGUAAUACAUAUAACAUACCAAUUCGUUUGUGGAUUUUGGAUUCUCACCCUUUUGCUCCCCCCAUUUGCUUCUUAAAGCCAACUGCAAAUAUGGGAAUCUCAGUUGGAAAACAUGUGGAUGCUCAAGGCAGAAUAUACUUGCCCUACCUCCAAAACUGGAGCCAUCCUAAAUCUGUUGUUGUAGGAUUAAUUAAAGAAAUGAUUGCCAAGUUUCAAGAGGAACUUCCCCUGUAUUCUCUGUCAUCAUCUGAUGAGGCACGGCAGGUGGACUUGCUAGCCUAUAUUGCAAAAAUCACUGAAGGUAUCUCAGACAUAAAUUCAAAGAACUGGACAAAUCAUGAGAAUAAAGCAGUAAAGAAAAUUACUGUGGUUGGAGGUGGAGAACUGGGAGUUGCCUGCACAUUAGCAAUUUCAGCAAAGGGCAUUGCAGACAGACUUGUCCUCUUAGACCUCUCAGAAGAGACUAAAGGAGGGAUGAUGGACCUUGAGAUCUUCAACCUGCCUAAUGUGGAGAUCAGCAAAGAUUUGUCUGCCUCUGCUCAUUCCAAAGUGGUCAUCUUUACCGUUAACUCUUUGGGUAGUUCUCAGUCCUACCUUGAUGUGGUGCAGAGAAAUGUGGAUAUGUUCAGAGCCCUUGUCCCAGCUCUGGGACAUUAUAGUCAACACAGUGUCCUGCUUGUUGCAUCUCAACCAGUGGAGAUCAUGACUUAUGUGACAUGGAAACUGAGUGCAUUUCCUGCAAAUCGAGUAAUUGGAAUUGGAUGCAAUCUGGACUCACAGAGGUUACAGUAUAUUAUUACAAAUGUUUUAAAGGCAGAGACUUCAGGAAAGCCAGUGUGGGUUAUUGGUGAGCAGGGAGAAGACAAAGUUACCAAAUGGGGUGGCCAAGAAGAAGUCAUGAGUCAUAACUCUCAGGUGCAGCUGUCCAGCAGAGCCAUGGAACUAUUAAAGGUAAAAGGUCAAAGAUCCUGGUCUGUUGGACUAUCAGUAGCUGACCUGGUUGACAGUCUUAUAAAUGAUAGAAAGAAAGUGCAUUCUGUAUCAACUUUAGCAAAGGGAUAUUAUGAUAUAAAUAGUGAAGUGUUUUUAAGUUUGCCUUGCAUCCUUGGAACCAGUGGGGUAUCUGAAGUCAUCAAAAGCACAGUGCAAGAAGACAGAGUGACUGAGAAGCUCCAGAGCAGCGCCUCCUCACUCUGUGAUCUCCAGCAACAGUUAAAACUUUAAGUCCAAA